AUGCGCAAUUCGAUGAGGCCGAACGAGGCUUUGCCGCAAACUGGUAUCCUCCACAACGAAACUGAUCGCGGUAACUUCGGUAAAGAUGUCGACUACAAUCGCGAACGCUCGCUGAGCGACGAUACUUCGAGUGAGCAUUCAGCACAGGCCGGUGUGAAACGUAUUGAAGCUGUGAGUAAGGCGUGGACGAAAACCUCGAUCAUAAUCGCCUAUGUAACCCUCCUCCUCAUCGCCAAUAUAACUUCUCUCGAGAUUCAAGUAACUAGCGUUCUUACCCCCUACGCAACUUCCGCCUUCGCCCAGCAUUCCCUUGUCUCCACCAUCUAUGUAGUCCAAGGCGUCGUAGCCGCCGUCAUCAAGCCGCCCAUGGGGAAAAUCGCCGACGUAUUCGGUCGCCUAGAAUCCUUCUCCAUCACCAUCUUCCUGUACACGAUCGGCUACAUUAUGCAAGCCGGCUCCAACAACGUCCAAACCUUCGCUGGAGCGCAAAUCUUCUGGGCAGCCGGCUUCAACGGCUUACAGGUCUUGCAACAAAUCUUCGUUGCUGAUACGACAGAUCUGCUGAAUCGCGCACUGUUUUCGACUUUGUUUGACCUGCCGUUUCUGUGGACGACGUGGGCAGGUCCGGAGGUUGGGCAGGCGAUCUAUACGAAUAUCUCGUGGAGAUGGGGAUAUGGUAUCUGGGCUAUCAUUUUGCCCGUAUGCUUCAUCCCACUUGCUGUGAGUUUGUGGAUGAAUCAGCGGCGGGCGAAGAACCUGGGUUUCGAUGUGCCGAGUCCGUUUUACGGACGCAAUACGUUUCAGGUGCUGAAGAACAUCUGGUUUGACCUUGAUGGAUUUGGUUUGCUGUUGUUUGCAGCCGCUAUAUCGCUCAUCCUGUUACCUCUCACUCUUGCCCCUAGUGCAAGCGGCGGAUGGAAAAACGCGAGUAUGAUUGCUAUGUUGGUCAUUGGUGGAGUCUUGUUGCUCGCUUUUCCGUUAUGGGAGACAAGCAAGAAGCUUGCGCCGAAAGCUUUCUUCCCAUCGAACCUUUUCAAAGAACGCACAGUCAUCGCCGGUGUCUUGAUCGCGUUCUUCUACUUCAUGGCAUUUUACAUGUCCGUCUUCCCCUACUUCAGCUCCUACCUCCAGAUCGUCCAAGGCCAAUCAAUAGUAACUUCUGGCUACAUCACGCGCGUCUUUACCUUCAGUUCAACCAUCUCCAGCGUCGUGGUCUCACUCCUGAUCAAGUAUACGGCGCACUAUAAGUACUAUGUUACCCUUGGCGCAGCCAUCUAUCUCAUGGGUAUGGGUCUCAUGUUGCACUACCGCACUGAAUCCGCAUCAACGGGAACUCUAGUCGGUACGCAGAUAGCCAUUGGUAUCGGAGGAGGCUUUCUGAAUGUGCCGGUGCAGUUGGGUGUCCAGGCUAGUGUGAGCCAUCAGCAAGUUGCAGCCGCAACAACAGUCUGGCUCACCCUUCUCGAAGUUGGUGGUGCGGUCGGUUCAGCCAUCUCCGGCGCGAUUUGGAGCACGUACAUUCCGCGAAACCUCCAACGUUACCUCCCGGCUGAAAAUGCAGCGGAUUGGGCGACUAUCUACGGGAGUAUCGUUGUCGCAGCGGAUUACGUCACGUAUCCAGCCGGAUCUCCAGUGCGCAUCGCGAUCAACAGGUCGUACCAAGAGACGAUGCGAUAUCUUCUCAUUGGUGCACUUUGUUGCGCCGCGCCGAUAGUGCCGUUGACGUUGUGCCUUAAGAAUUACAAGUUGAAUGCGAUGGAUCAAAAGGUUGUGGGAAAUGUGAUUGGGAGUGCUGAGAAGAAGGAAAGUUCCAACGAUAGUAGCAGGAGUGGGUGGAGAUUUUGGAAGAGAUAG